CUGACGUCAGCCGUGGUGCUGUAGUGGUGGAGCGACUGCAAGGCAACACACACGGACCCGUACAUACGUGUCCGUGUGUGCUGUGCGGUGGUAUGUCUGUCGGCGUACUGGGUGUAUCUGGCGGGGGCAGCGGGACGGGAGCGGCGUUGGCGGGGACGGCAGGAGCACCAGAUGCGACACUGAAUCAAGACAGGAAGAUCGAAUCAGACGCAAGGAAGCAUCUUGUUUCUUACUUGGUAUUGAAGGGAACGUAUGGCAGCGUCAGCCGCUCAUGAGGACGCGAAGCAGCCUGCAGCAAUACAUGCCACACACAGAAUACAGGACAACAACAACAACAUCUAUCAGCCUCCCGCUGCCAACGUACCUGCCAGUUUUGCUUCUCUCUCUGGAGGAACUCAAUAGACGCAUGGUCGCCGGACACCCACCAGCCAUUGAUCAGUCUGGCUGCCAGCAAAGAUCGAUCAUUUGCGUCGAGCUUCCACAUGACGGUGAGAAUGAACUCGAACAUGUCGCUGCGGCGGAUUGUGGCCGCGGCGGUAGAUGGGACGGGCUUCUGGAGCACGUCCAUCACCACAUUCGCCAGGGCACUGGACGCCUCAAUCUUCGACAACACCAUGCCCCACGCCGUCACAGCUGCACAAACACACAGACGUGUCCUGAUGCCCCACAUCCCGCCAGUGUGUUCCCUAUUCACCUGCGAAUGGUCUGAAGGAAAUGCCUGCGAGAGUCGGGAGCAGGAAGUCGCGAUCAAAGUGAGGCAGGGCCCUACAAGUUGUAGACACAAAAGAGAGCCGCCAACCCACGUGAAGGCCCACCAUCUCUGUCUUACUUGGCGAAGUUGGUAAUGUCCGGCCAUUUGAGCUGCAGGAUGCAUUGCCGCAAGUACAGCAGUGCGAUGGUCAUGUAGGGGUAUGACACAACAGUGACGCUCAUCUCGAGGUCCUUGAGCAGCACAUCCCCCACCCCCUUGGCGUCCAGCUCCUCACCCGUCAGGCUGGGGAUGUGGAACGACAGACCCAGGUUGGACCCGAGCAGCAUCACGGCAUAGUCCACGCCGUCGAAGGAUGACGAUGUGUCGACCACGGUGACACGACCCUCGACCCCUCCUUCCUCUUCCCGCGCCUCCUCCGUACUUGCUCUGGUGUCGCCCCAGCUCGUGGAUGGGGACGGGUCGGUCGUGAUGGUCGCGUGAAGGGUGUAGCAUGCGCAGGCCGAUGGGCGAGAAGCCUCAGUAGCAGUCGCUGUAGCCAUGAUUUCAAAUGAGGCAAUCUCACGCAUGCGUUUCUCGCCGUCUGCCGUCAGGGUGUGUGACAGGUCGCGGAUCGACCAAUAGGAGUAGUCGAGCAGACCAGGGGCGGGGGGAGGGGCGAGAGAGGGGGAGCGGACGCGGGCACGGGUGAAGAUGUAGAGACGCGGCAGGGUCAUGUGGAUGAAGGCCGUCACAAAGGGGUUGUCAUACAGGGGGGCGUCGUAUACGCGGAACGGGUGAAUGAAGGCCGUCUUGGACUUGCAGGCGUGCUCUCGGUCAGCGAACACGCCACCUGUACACACACACACGCCACCAGUCGGCAAGCUAGAGAACAGUCGAGCCGCACGUACCUAUCGCAUCACUGAGUGUGGGGGAGUUCGUCGGUAUGACGAGAAAUCGCGCCAGCCCAUCGGCGGACGCCUGCAGCUUGCCGCUCGCGAGAUGGUGGCAGAUGUAGCUGAGCAGCUUGCUCGCCGCACCGACGGUGGCCGAGUCGUUGCUGUUCCAGCCGUGCUUGAGCAGCUGGGGGUUCUGCAGGGCGACCACGGAGACCGUCGGCGGCCACUCCUCUGUGCUGCUCUGGAUGAGGCGCGCCACGGCAUCGUGGGUCAUGGACUCGAUGAGCUGCCGGGCGAACAGAGGGUCCUCAAGCCAGUUGCGGCGAAGCAUCUGCCAACACACAACACCAUCAUGGACACACCGAGCUGCGCCCAUUCUUGCUGACGACUUGCCUUGCCGUCGAGUUUGGAGACCAUAGUGUCGCUGAUGCCGCUGUGGACGUAGUCGAGGGCCUUGACGCAAUCCAGAAAGUUGUCUUCUGUGAGGCCGUUGAGCAUGGCAUUGACGUCCUUCUGCAGCACAACACGAGCGACGUCAAUGCCGAUCUCGCGGAUGACGAUGCGGUGCGUCUUGCCCUCUGCAAAACUCCCUGCUUCCAACGCCUGCACCACACCAGACAUCACACCACACAGACAAACAAACAAACGAAUGAAUGAAUGAAUGAAUGCAUCUCCGACGGGUGGUUGAUCUGCUUGUUGUUGACCGGUUUGAAAUGGUCGAAUUUCAUGAGUACGUCGCGUUUGAUGUGCAGCUUCUGGUCCUCGCCGGCCGCGGACUCAUCUUCUCCCUCACGCACAAACACCAACUCGACAGAGGGGCUGAUCAGCGACUCAGACGAUGAUGCCAUGGCGGGCGGCGAGAAGCAGUGCGACCACUCGGGGGAAGUGGGCAGUUGUUGCCUGCACGAUAAUGAACAGACGAGGCGAGCAACAGUGAGCGUCAUGAGAAGGGUGAUGACUAUUGUAGUGGAUGUCACGUGAUUUCUCUCAUUACCUGUUGCACACAGUGGCGUUCGCACAAAGCCGGUUAGGGGAGGACAAAACUCGUACUCGGCUGUAAAUUGCAU